AAAAAAUGACAUCAGUUAUUUGGACUGGAAAUUGUAAUGUAAUCUACUAAGCGUUCAUCAUUUGGAAAACUAUACAAACUAGGGUUCCAAUUGUACAAAUAAAUAAGCCUAUGUCUGCCAUGCUUGAUGAAACUGAUGGCAUACAUCUAAACAACUGAUGGGUCUUGUUCAGUGGAAUGCAGUUUUCCUUCUUGGGCUCACCGCAGUAAUUACUAAUGAGCAAGAAAUGUCGACGGGCAAAUGUGCUCCAUACAGUGGUAAGGUGUGCAAGUCUUAUCUGGCUGGCGUAGGUCAGGUUUGGUUCAACAGUUCCGACUCUGGAGGGAGAAAUGAAAACAUAACCGCAGGUCUUUGGGAGGAAAUGAUUAAAACACUUCAAGAGCCUUGUAGAUCAGCUGCUGAAAAAAUGCUCUGCCUUUACGCUUUUCCUCAGUGCCACAUAGUGAAUGGAUUUCCAGUUGGCCUUCCUCUUUGCUAUGAAGACUGUGUCGCCAUUAGAGAUUUGUUUUGCUAUAACAACUGGGCAUUGAUAGAAAACAACAAACAGCAUGGUGUCUACUACCAGACAAGGGGACACUUCCGUCUUCCCAACUGCACAGCUUUGCCCCGACUUGACACCGACAAACCUGUCUGCUCUCAUGCCAAACUUACGCAAGUUAAUAAGGAUGAAGUUACUUAUGAUUGUGUAAAAGGAAGAGGACGAUAUUACUUUGGUUACGUCAACAAAACCAAAACCGGAAUCCCUUGUCAGAGAUGGGACUCUUCCAAGCCCCACUCUCACGACAGACCUCCCGAUGUUUUCCCUGAAGUUCAAAACGCUGAUAACUACUGUCGUAACGCCGGAGGGGAGGAGCCAGGACCUUGGUGCUACACCAUGGACCCAGAAACUCGCUGGCAACUCUGCGACGUGCCUGCUUGUGACAAUACAACCACCAAUUGGACAUCGGAUACACCUGGAGGGAUAAACUUGGACUACUUUACUAAAGACACCUAUCUUCUGGUAGUUGCAAGUGUAGGGGUCCUCACAUUAAUAUUAGUCAUCUUAUUGGUCAUACUCUGCCAUAGACUGUUCAAGCAAAGACUUGCCUACAGACCAACACCCACACAGGAUGUAAAUAUUGAUUUAGAAAAACUUCCAAAUAAUUCAGCCUAUCAUAAAACUGGGACCAGUUUGAAUCCUAAGCUUGAAAAAUUGGAGUUUCCAAGAAAUGAUAUCAUCUAUAUUAGAGAUCUGGGACAAGGUGCUUUUGGAAGAGUGUUUCAGGCUAAAGCUCCAGGUUUGCUGAAAGGAGAAGAGUUCACCUUGGUAGCAGUGAAAAUGCUGAAAGACGAAGCUUCGGAAGAUUUGCAAGUGGACUUUGAGCGAGAAGCUUGUCUGUUGGCUGAAUUUGACCAUCCCAACAUCGUUAAACUGUUGGGAGUUUGUGCUAUGGGCAAACCUAUGUGUUUGUUGUUCGAGUACAUGGGCCGCGGGGACUUGAAUGAGUUUUUAAGAUCAUGUUCCCCCAGUAACUAUAUUGUGCGCAGUUCCGAAGGUGGAGGUGAUCUAUUUCGUGAUAUUCAACUCACCACUGCCGACUUGCUAAAAAUAGCUCAACAAGUAGCUGCCGGCAUGGUGUACCUUUCUGACCGGAAAUUUGUUCAUAGAGAUCUAGCUACUAGAAAUUGCCUCAUAGAUGACAAUAUGGUGGUUAAAAUUGCUGAUUUUGGGCUUUCUCAAAAAAUGUAUUUGCAAGACUAUUACAAAGGUGAUGAGCACGACGCGAUUCCCGUUAGAUGGAUGCCUCUCGAAUCAAUUCUUUACAACAAGUACACUGUUGAAACAGAUGUUUGGGCCUACGGUGUUUGCUUGUGGGAAAUAUUUUCAUUCGCUCUGCAGCCCUACUAUGGAAUGACUCAUGAAGAAGUUGUCAAAUUUAUCAAAGAGGGAAAUAUGCUACAAUGUCCUGACAAUACUCCAAAGCCAAUGUAUGAACUGAUGAAACUGUGCUGGAACCGCAAACCGGCUGCAAGACCGAGUUUUCGGGUUAUUUAUCAAACUCUAGAAACUAUUCAAGCUGAUUUUAUGCGAGAAAUGACUCAGAGAAUCAGUCAUUUUCCUCCUCGGGUUCAUGUUUAAACUCAAUGUUUUAAAUCCUUAGUGUUCUUUGUUUAUCGAUUACAUGUAAUCUUUUUAUAUUUUGUAGACCGAGUUCAGUAAGAAUUCAGAAACUGAAAAUAUUAUAUGAUCAGCUCUUUUGUUAGUUACCCGAUUUCUUUUAGUGGUGAAACCUGUAGAUAUGUGUUUAAUGUAACUAUAUAAGUAUUUACAAUUAGUGGCAUUCCCGCUUCUUUCCUUGUAUAUUAUGCUCGUGUAUUUGUAGUUUGCUUAGAGAUAUUUUCAUAAUUUAAUUUUUAUUAUUAUUUAUUUGUGAAUUCUAUUCUAAAAAAUCUCCCUACUUAAUCAUUUCCUCUGUUUAUUUGGUAUACUUUUAUUUUUUAUUAUCUGCAGUGAUGGUCAAAUGCAGAUGUUUCGAAUCUGAAACCCAAUUCUGAACUUUUCAUAUACUAAUUUUCCUCUUAUACGUAAUGCCUAACAAUUUCACGCAAGUCUUUCAUUUUUAUGAUGGGCCAUUGAUUUUAACCACAUUAUAAUAAAUAUUACAUGGGAAAUUGUCUUUGAUUUUUUGUGAUGAAGAAACACUGCAAUUUUCACUACCAACCAUGGAUUCCUUGAAAAAUUAUGAAUUCUAAGGACCAUUAAAAGGAUAAUGUGUAAAUUUCUCACUGCACAAAUUAGGUGCCCAAAUUUUUUCCUGUGUCUUUGUAUCCUUAGUUGUCAGUACAAGUGAUUUUUAUGUGUACAUCCUCUUUGUCAAU